AUGUCUAAUGCUAAUGCUACUAAAAAACAUUAUCUCAAAGAUCGCACUAAUUCUGAAAACAUUGUUCUAUUGAAAAAUAUUCAUGACUCAACACCUUCAAAGAGUUGGCCUUUCCAAUAUGCAUUUAAUGAUUUUUUAAGCAAAUACAAUUCCUGCCUUGUUACU